CUUUGUAGUGAUUGGUUGGAGGAUGGUCUGCGUGUGUAUGAAGUAGAAAGUACAACUCAUACAAGACGUAAGUUUCGCCAAGUUGCCAGGGAGACCUGUGGUGAAUCAAUGGAACCACCAGCUGACAACUUGAUAUUGUUUGGAGAGAUUUCAGGAAAUAGAGGCCAGUUUAUUACCCAACUACUUUUUUUUAGCAAUGAUAACAUUUUUCGUUUGAAGGGGAGACUUUAAAAUAAGUUGAUACCAAUUCUUCUAAACUGCCACAAUCACUAACAAAAUUCAUUGAGACAUUUUCUCCUGGCUAAAGGGUACAUUUAAUGUUGUGCCAACUUCAAAACGGGAAACUGAAGCUUUUCUUCAGUUUCUUCUUUUUUUUCUUUCCGUCUUUUUCUUCUUCUUUCUUCCACCCUCUAUACUGUAUGUACAGGUAUUCACAUGAUUUCGAGUGCAAUUUAGAAUGAAUAAGCACGCGUAAAUUUUUUCAAAGACUAACAAAAUUGCAUGAGCCCGUAGAGCGAGUGCAAUUUAUGUUUACUCCAAAUUGCAUGAGAAAAAUCAUGUGAUUACUUAUUAAUAAUAUUCAUGAAAAAAUUGCCAGACAGCUUUAAAAUCUCUUUAAUAGGGAGUCAAGCCACAUAAACUAUGUGCAAAAAUAAAUUAUUCAAAUGCAGCAAAUAUCAUCACACCUGCAGUCAAAACAACAUUUUCUCAAUGUUUUUAAAGUUUGUAAGCUGCAGAAACGGGCUGAACAGUUCAUGGAAUUGUUCAAUCUGUUUGAAUUGAAGAUUCUGGGUUCUUACCUCGAGUUUUCCGCUCUUCCAGAAUUUUUUCUUCCUCCUCUGAUACUUGCCGAGCUUUGUUUGGGCGCUUACCACGGCCAGCCAAGCGAAGCUCUUUUGCUUUGUCCUCCAACACCUCUUUGGACGAACCAAAUUCUCGGUCACGUACAAUGGACAGGGUGCAGCCUUUGUUCUUGAAGUGUCUAUCAAGCGAUGCCAUCAUUACUUUAAGGCUUUCUGGUUCAUAAUCUUCACCUUUUUUGUAUUGUUUACUUCGGCAUAGAAAUGCUCGAGCAAAGUGUUAAGCUCAGCUGGCUCAUAAUUUUCUAUUUCAUCAGUAAUUUCCUUAUCUACCCACCAAUCCUUCCAAACAGAGAGCCAAAAACCAGUGGUUUUCACAGUGUUCGUUUUUAGAGCAGUUUUUCAGCUCCUUUACAGUUGUUUCAGUCGCAGAAGCAAAUGUGCUGCAAACGCCAACCAUUACGGUUUCUGCUCAAAACUGGUCCAGAGCGGAUCCAAAUUUUGCGCCACUUAGAUGGCGCAUUUGAUUGGCUCUCAGUGAGUUCCUUUGUUUAUUAGCCAAUCAGAAUGUCACGUUUGUUACUCUUUUCUGUACUAAAUUACCUUUUUUCCUCUUAGCCAAUCACAAUCGAGAAUUUUUUCCUGUAUAUUAUUAAUAAUGUUUUGCUGCUGUUCAAGGUACAUGUAGUAAACAACAAACAACCCAACUUUGAAUAGAGGGGGAAGAGAAGGAGAGAUGAAGAUUGUUUUGCUUCCCAAAAUUACCCUGUGAAUGUUGUUGUGAAAGAAAAGGAAAAAUUGAUGAUGCUACGUUCUAUUACAUUGUGGGUGGCCUGUAAUUUGCCAAAAGUGGGGUAAUUAGCCUUUUCUCGGCAUUCAUUUAGUGGAGAGUGCCGUGAAGUGGGAAAUUGAGAAAGAAAGAAUGCUUGUGGGAUCUGCAUUCAAAAGCUCAUUCCACCCACAAACUCAGUUUUGGUCUCAAGGAUGGUGCUAUUUACUGGAUUGUUAAAGAGAAAACUCUAACAUUAUUUGCUCUCUGUAAACAAACAUACUAUUUUUACUUGAAUAAGCACCACCCCUGAUAGUGAUUAAGCACUUCCCUUGAAUAAAUGUAAGUACCGCUUUGGAAGGACAAAGUUUAUAAGUGCCCCACCUGAAUAAGCGCCACAGCUUCUGCAAACAAUAGAAUUGUUUGCAGGCCUCUCAGCCACCACCCAUACAGUUGCCUUAAAACACAGAAUCCCAGAAUCCAGAUUUUCAACGGAAUCACCAAAAUGAAUAAUUAUACAUUAUUUAGCAGAAUAUGGAAUACAGAAUCAAAUAUCAAUGAUAGAAAAAUAGAGAAAUGCACAUUCCAUAAUUUAUUUACAAUCCAAAGAGAAUUUGUUUCAGUUUGUCUUUGCAGUUCCCUAAAAAUUUAUGAUUUUAUUGGACAAUCCUGCUCCACCCUUUACUUGGUAGAAGUCAAGUGAAAUCACUUGGAACCUUCUCUAGCAGUUAUCUGUUUGCAUGAUUUAAUUUGUCUUGCAAUUCCGGAUUCUGUUCUAGGGCUGCUCCCAGAAGAUGGGGUCUAGUGGUGUCUAUUCUUGUAUUUUUGGUUGUGAUGGCCUGACAGAUUUUGUACCAAACCUUAUUUUGAGUAUAUUUUUGGUUUUAGAUCCAGUUGUUUGUGUAGUUUGUGCAAAACUUGCCAGGAAUGAUGUGGAGGACAUAACCAACUCAGAUUACUACCACUGGGUCAAUUUUCUUUUUGUCAAAGGUGACUACCAGGUAAGAACUUUAGGUUGUAAUUGUAAAAAGUAA